AUGGACCCGAGUGGGAAGCCACCUCCGCCUGGCGGCCCCCCUUCCUGUCGCCAAAGCAUGCCUCCCGGUCUCACCGGCCCAAAUUCCAGAAUUCCGGGUUUAUUCUUCAGGGAUCUACUCUAG